AUGAAUUUAACCUCCCCUAAAUCCGUUUGCCAAUUGUCAAAAGGUGUAUUGGAGAAAAUAAUGUUUGGCUUUCGAAUAAAAACUCGCCAAAAUGGCACAGAUUCUCCUAGAGCCGUUGAUUCUCCAGGAGCCCCGGGAACUCCUAAAACAGAUCACGUGGGAGAGAUCGAUACCAGAGCACCAUUUCAAUCAGUCAAGGCUGCUGUUAGUUUAUUUGGUGUAGCUUCCCCUAAGGCCUCCACACCUAUGGUUAAGAAGCCGAAAACUGCUGAAGAGAGAGUUCUUGAGAAGGAAUCACAGCUACACUUGACCCUUAAAGAACUUGGUAAGUGUAAAGAGCAGCUGAAAAAUGCGGAAACUACUAAAUCAGAGGCACUCCAGGAACUUGAAAUGGCCAAGAGAACGCUGCAAGAAUUGACAAACAAGAUCGAAACCAUUAGUAAAUCCAAGCUGGCCGCCAUUGCAGCCACUGAAGCUGCAAAGAAUCGGGCUAAAGCACUCGAGGAAGGGUCCAGCCAAGCCGAACUAGUUGAUGGUGCUCGGAAACAAGAUGUUGACAGUGAAAGAGAGCAAUACAAGGCCUCUACUGCGGAACUCAGUGCUGCAAAACAAGAGCUCGCCAACGUACGACAGGACUUUGAUGCAUCCUUGGAAGUGAAACUAAAUGCAUUCCAAAAGGCUGCAGAUGCGCAACAUGACACCAUAGUGAACAAAGAGAGGCUAAGUGAGCUUACAAAUGAAAUUACAAAAAUGCGCGAAACAGCAGGUCAGGUAAAGGUUACCUCUCUACAAGCACAAGAAGAGCAAACCAAGGCUAUGACUGAAAAAGAAGCUAACUUACAAUCUCUCAGAAAUGCCAAGGAAGAAGUGGAGAAGAAAAUCCUAGCUUUGAAGGAAGAAUAUGAACUUGAAUUCGCGGGGAAUCUUGAGGAGAGGCUGGAAGAAACAACAGAAGCAAUUGAAGUUGUACAAGAGCAAUUGGAAAAUGUCCAUGCUUCGGAUAUGGAUUCUUUGAAAACUGUGGCUUCAGAGCUUGAUGAUGCUAAAAAGGCACUGGAAGAAGUUUCAGAAGAAGAGAGUUCCAUUCGGAGUUUGGUGGAUUCCCUCAAGCUGGAACUGGAGAAUGUGAAGAGAGAUUACUCUGAAUUGAAGGAGAAAGAAGAUAAAAUCGAAUCAGAUGCUCAGAGCCUACAAGAGGAACUAGAUAGAAGCAAAGCCGAGUUUGAAGCUGCUCUAUCAUCAGAAGCUGAAAAUGCAAGGCGGGAAGCGGAGGAGAUGAAGAGACAAGCUGGAGAGCUGAAACAAGAAGCUGAAACUGCGAGGAUCGCUGCAAAGGAAGCAGAGGAAAAGCUAGAAGUUGCACUUAAAGAAGCUGAAGAAGCAAAAGCUGCAGAGAAGAUGGCGGAUGAUCAGAUUCAUAGCUCACCUGCAGCGACUGAUGCUGCUAAUGGUACUAAUUCAGAGUUCAAUAACAAGAUCAAAUUAUCAGUCGAAGAAUUUGAAUCUUUGAGCAAGAAAGCUGAGCAAGCUGGGAAUAUGGCUGAGAAGGAAGAGGCUGCUGCCUUGGCGGAGGUGAAAGCAAUCAAUGAGCGCGAAAAAGAAGCGGUGGAGAGGUUGGAGGCAAGUAUGCAAGAGAUUGAGGAUAUAAAGGCUGCAACUGGGGAUGCAUUGAAGAAGGCAGAGAUGGCUGAUGCCGCAAAAAGGGUAGUGGAGAGCGAACUCCGGAAAUGGCGACAAAAAGAACAAGAGAAAGCAGAGACAGGGAUGUGA